AUCGUCUCCUUUCUCUCUCCUCCCCUUACACGGUUACACCUGCGCAUGGCACUGCGGAGCUCCUCGCACCGCAACACGCUAUGCGCCUGCCCCGCAUAAUGCACUCCAUGCGACCUCCUUCCUCCCUCUCCUCCCCACUCUCCCUCUCCCUCUCUCCCUCCUCCCCUCUCCUCUUCCCCUUCCCCUCCUCCUCCUCGUCCCUCCUCCUGCGCCCUCGUCGCCUCCGACCACUCGCCUCGCUCCGCGAGACGAAGAAGGCGACGCUCCGCAAGGCCUCGAACGUGCCCCAGAACCUCAGGUUCGACAACCGCAAGGGGCGCGGCGAGGGCUCCGUCCCCGACGACGGGGAGGCGGGGGGCGAGCUUGGCGGCGGCGCCGCCGUGGGCGGGACGGUUCUCGCGGGGCUUCUUCUGGUCGGGGUCGUAGGAGGGUUUGGGGCCGUGGGGUAUGUGUACAGGGAUCAGAUUAAUGCCUUCCUCACGCAGUUCUCGGAUUUUAUCGAAGGAUAUGGUCCAGCUGGAUAUGCUUUAUUUGUACUUGUUUAUGCUGGAUUGGAGAUCCUUGCGAUUCCAGCAAUACCAUUAACCAUGUCGGCAGGUCUAUUGUUUGGUAGCGUCACCGGGACCAUCAUAGUCUCAAUCAGUGGCACAAUGGCUGCAGCUGUGGCCUUUCUUAUCGCUAGGUAUUUUGCCAGGGAACGUAUCCUUAAAUUGGUCGAAGGAAACAAGAAAUUUUUGGCAAUCGAUAAAGCAAUAGGGGAGAAUGGUUUCUGGGUCGUUACGCUUCUUCGAUUGAGUCCUUUGCUUCCUUUCUCUCUUGGGAACUAUCUCUAUGGCUUAACUUCCGUGAAGUUUCUGCCUUAUGUUUUGGGCAGUUGGUUGGGGAUGCUUCCUGGGACUUGGGCUUAUGUUAGUGCUGGUGCAUUUGGACGAGCACUCAUUCAAGAAGAGUCAGAUGUGGGUUUACCGGGAGGAAAUGGUCAGUUGUUGACUCUUGGCCUAGGCCUUCUAUUUACAGCCGUCGCUGCAACUUAUGUUACUAGGCUUGCAAAGGAUGCAAUUAAAGAUAUUGAAUAGAAGCACACCAAGGCCUUAUAUGUAAAGUGAAUGUUCAGUGGUGAUCUUCUCUUGAUACCGAAAUUUCACUACCAUGUGUUGUAUAGAGACUGAAUGUACAAGAACAGAGAGAUUAAGUACUUAGAAUUUGCCUUGGAUGUGUCGUCGCUUCCCCAAGCAACCACGCACCACUUAGAAUCAGAGUUCAGUGGGAAAAAAAAAAAAGAUUUAAAAAAAUAGCAACAAACUGUGAAGUUGAUCCGUGGUGGAACCAUUGCCUGUUGAAAAGCAUCUUUUAGAAAUCUUACUACUCUGUGUAGAUGUUUUGUUGUGUUAGAAGAUCUUUCGUUUUUUUCCCUUCCUCCUAUUCAAGCUUCUUUGUUUGAUUUAUUAAUGUUCAUGAGCUAAAGUUGAUGCUUUA